AUGACUAUGGCAGAUCCCUCUUACUGGAGAGCCACCUUCUAUAUUCACCAGCAAACCUUCAACCUAACAACUCCUCUCUCACUUACAUGCAUCCUUGCUCACAAUUCCUUCACCAAAAAACGCCACAAAAUCUAUGCAUUUACACUUCCAACACUCUUGUGCUUCCUCCAAGUUCAAACUUCAGGUUCCUCAACUUCCCCUUUCCAAGUGCACCCUUUGACCAUAAAAGCUUGUAUGUGUGGCAUAUUAGGGUACUACAUGAGCUUCAGGGCAUGGCUGUUUUUACCCGCAUAUGCUACUCAGUUAAGCAUUGCCAUGAAAGCUUUUGGUUCGUUUUCCUUGGCUUCUUUGGUGUCAAUUCUUUUUUCUGACUCGUGGUGGCACUUCAAAUGCAUGUUUUAUGUCUUACUUGUGGUGCUUGAGUUGCAUGAAACAAUGAUGGUCACAAUGUUGUUGCACGAGAAAUAUUAUGUGAAGAGAUUAACGUUGCUAUGGAGAUCAUGGAGCCGGAACUCUGUACAACAGGGUUUGCCACUUACACACAUGGAUUUGAUAGACUAUAAUGUGUAA